AUGGCAAGCGGACUACGCAGAGACGAGACUAAGCCUCGGCGGUUUGAUCUCACCAUGUCAAGGAGGACGAGGAGGCCAGCAGCAGCAACCUCGGCCACCAGUUGCCAUGAACAAGAUCAUCAGGCCGUGGACGUGGAAGGAUUGGGAUUAUUCCAACCGAUGGUACAGCCGGAGCAACAGGAUCCAGAUGGCCUGUUCUGCUUGUCGGAUCACCUCCAGUCACGGCAACCUGAGGAUGCUCACCAAGAGCACGAGACGUCAGUACGUCGCUCUGAAGACACCAAGGAGCAGGCAUCGCCGCUGCAGACAUGUCGUCUUGUGAAGAAGGACGACGAGAGCGAGGCACAGCAGCAGCAGGAGGAGUGCCAGGAUAACUCCCGUCGUUUCUCGCUGCAGGAGCUGAUAGAGGACGAGGCCGUCGACGGCGUGAAGGACGCCGCCACCGGAGGCACGGAAGAGAAUGCUGCUGUCCCUGUUCGUGAAGUUGCAGAAGGAGCUGCAGCAGGUGAGGCAAAGCGUCCUGGACAGGUGCCCGGAAGGAGGGUGAUGGGAAUCAUGCGCCGCUACGUGAAGGUCCGGUCCAUCAAGCCCAAGCGUGCAUCGCCGGAGAACACUGCACCUUUUCUGUGCUUUUCCCCGUUACAGUAUAAGAGAAAACGUAAGUGUGAUGUUGAUGAUAUGUUCUGGUUAGCUGUUGACUGUAAUCAAAGCAUGUAA